CAUACACACACACACCCCAGCGAAGAGAGCAGCAUCGGUCUCAGCCCAUCGCCGCCUCUCCGAGGCACACAGCGAGUAGAUCAGCUCGCUCGGAGAGCACCAGGAGGAGCGGACGUGGUGGAGAGGAGGGUGGGCUGCUAGAUCCUUCAUCAGCAGUGUUAGGGAGGAGAAGAUUGAGAGUGAAGGUGUUCCAGUGCUGCUGCUCGGGGAAGAGGCUGAGGCAGCAUCAGAUGUGGAAGGAGCACCGGUCAAGUUCUCGUCCUGGGUUUUUGGCCCGGUGAUUGUCGCCCGAAAAGGAAAAGGAAGCAGCAGAACAAGGAAGGCCAUGGAAAUCAACUUCAGCCAGAAUGUGGCUUGGCUCCUGCCUUUCUUCUUCCUGCUGGUGAUGGUCAAUGUUCGGUCCUCCCAGGGCCAAGGAUGUCCUCAGCGUUGCGACUGCAUCGGCAAGCUCAAGACCGUCUCCUGCCGCGGUAAGCGUCUGUCUACACUACCAGAAGGCAUCCCUCUGGACACCAGAAUCCUGGACCUGAGUGGGAAUAAACUGCGCUGGGUGGAGCAUGCUGACCUGCUCCCCUUCCUCCGCCUGGAGAGGCUUGAUCUCAGCGAGAACAUGAUCAGCGUUUUGGAACCAAAUGCUUUUUCUAGUCUUCAGAGUCUGCAGUCGCUUUCCCUCAGAGCUAACGAGCUGAAAUUAGUCCCCAUGGGGACUUUUUCACACCUGUCCAAUCUCACCUCACUGGAUCUUAGCGAGAAUAGGAUUGUGAUUCUUUUGGAUUUUACUUUCCAAGACCUUAAAAGUCUGAAGAAGUUAGAAGUUGGAGACAAUGAUCUGGUGUAUAUUUCUAACAAGGCUUUUUUGGGUCUGGUGGGACUGAAGGAGUUAACCAUUGACAGGUGCAACCUGACGUCUGUGUCAAGCCAGUCUUUGUCUUACCUUCACAACCUGGUCACACUGCGACUGCGCUACCUCAGCAUCUCCACCUUAGAGGACCAGAACUUCCGUAAGCUAGGAAACCUGAGGGCCCUGGAGAUCGACCAUUGGCCCUUUUUAGAGUUCAUCUCCUCCCACGGCCUGCAGGGUCUCAACUUGUCGUGGCUGUCUAUCACGCACACCAAUCUCACUUCUGUGCCCACCUCUGCCCUACGCAGCCUCUCUCACCUCACCAGCCUCAACCUGUCCUUCAAUCCUAUUUCUGUCCUGGAGUCCUGGGCACUCAGGGACCUUCUCAGGUUAAAGGAGCUUCAUCUGGUCAACACCAGGCUGGUAACGGUGCAGCCAUACGCACUGGGCGGUCUCAGACAAAUCCGCCUCCUCAACCUCUCAGCCAACAACCUUGUUACCCUGGAGGAGGGUGCUUUCCAGUCGGUCAACACUCUGGAGACCCUGCGUUUGGACAGGAACCCAUUGGCGUGCGAUUGCCGCUUACUUUGGAUCCUUCAGCGCAGGAAGACGCUUAAUUUUGACGGUGCGUCCCCCGUGUGUACGACACCUGUCGAGGUGCAGGACCGAGCUCUGAACGCCUUCACGGACUCAGCCCUCUUUGACCAUUUCACCUGCCAGAAGCCCAAAAUCCGCAACAGAAAACUGCAGCAGAUAUCGGCUCGUGAGGGGCAGGUGGUGUCGUUCAUCUGCAGGGCGGAAGGUGAGCCCACACCGGUCAUAUUCUGGAUAUCCCCUCAGCGCCGUCGCAUUACCACUAAGAGCAGUGGCCGCUUGACGGUAUUAAAAGAAGGCACCUUAGAAAUAAGGUAUGCGCAGGUGAUGGACAGCGGAACCUACAUUUGCAUCGCCAGUAACGCUGGCGGGAAUGACACUUAUUUCGCCACUCUCACCGUCAGUGGUCUCCCGCUCGACGCCGCCCUAAUGGCCAACCGUACGUACUACGCCGGGGACCUUAACGACACCAACCUGAACGAUACCAGAGUCUUUCUGAAGUUCACCGUGGACCUCAAGACCAUCCUCAUCUCCACGGCGAUGGGCUGUAUCAUGUUCCUGGGCGUCGUCCUCUUCUGUUUCAUCCUGCUGUUCGUGUGGAGUCGCGGGAAAGGACAACACAAAAACAAUUUCUCAGUGGAAUACUCUUUCAGGAAGGUUGACGGACCUGCCACCAGCGGAGGGCAGGGCGGGGCGCGCAAGUUUAACAUGAAAAUGAUUUGAUCUAAUAGGUGGAGGUGUACUUUUUUUAGCACUACCUUGUUAAAACCUGUGGGGGCAUCAGGUUUCAGCGCCUUGCCUAAGAGCACCUAGAACGGGGCAAACUAGUGACCGGUGUACAAAUUCAGUCGGGGUAAGCUCCAGCUCCCUCGUAAGCUUGAACAAUACUGUUAAGCACUCUAGAAAAUGAAUGGAUGAACUUCUCCUUUCCUUAAUGCUCUUUUUAAAUGUCAGACACAUUCGUCAUUUUGUCUUUGUGUUCGCAACAUUAAACACAACCUCAGUAUACUUUUUGGGGAAAAAGACAGACUUCACUAAAAGAAAACUUGUUGGAGGAACCAAAAAUGUCUGUAUUUACGAGAAUUUAGUCACGUUUCUUAUGAAAAGUAUCUUCAAAGAGCGGAAUAGUGAGUGUUAGCAUGUCUGUCCGACAGACUGAAGCAACUUUUUAUGUGUGGAGUUUGAGUGUUUUCCCUCUGCAUGUGUGGGUUUUCUCCCAAAAAUGUGCAUGUCAGGCUAGUCCAUACAUUUUCUACCGCUUGUCGUUUUCAGGGUUGCGGGGGGUGCUGGAACCUAUCCCAGCUGCAAUCGGGCGGAAGGCACGGUACAUCUUGGACAAGUCGCCACCUCAUCAAGAGGGCCAAUUUAGUGUUGCCAAUCAACCUAUCCCCAGGUGCAUGUCUUUGGAGGUGGAAAGAAGCCGGAGUACCUGGAGAGAACCCACGCAGUCACGGGGAGAACUAACCGGAGGCUCUAAAUUGUUCAUAGAUAUAAAAUAUUUUACAAACGCAUGAACAUGGUGAGAAAUCUUGCAAUAAAAAGACUGUGACCAGAA